CCCCAUUGGCCCUUUCUUUCUUUUCUUUCUCUCUUUCUUUCUCUUGUUGAAAAACUUAAACUUCCCUCACAUACUCUCAAUCUUGCUCUAUUAUCUUUUCUUAUUUGCAUGCAUUUUGGAGGAAGAAAUGGCUGAUCAAGGUGGUGGAAUGAGAGAAUACAGAAAAGGGAACUGGACUGUGGCAGAAACCAUGGUGUUGAUAGAGGCAAAACAGAUGGAUGAUGAGAGGAGAAUGAAGAGAAGUAGUGGCGGGGAUCAGCAUCAUCAAAGUAGUGAAGGAAGAAGCAACAAACCAGCUGAGCUGAGAUGGAAAUGGGUUGAAGAUUACUGUUGGAGAAAAGGGUGUUUGAGGAGCCAAAACCAAUGCAAUGACAAGUGGGAUAAUCUCAUGAGAGACUACAAGAAAGUGAGGGAUUAUGAAAGAAAAGUUGCAGAUUCUCAAAAAGGAGAUCAAGGAGACCCAACACAACAACAACAUGUACAGCAAUCUUAUUGGCAGUUGGAGAAGAAUGAGAGAAAAGAAAAGAAUUUGCCAAGCAACAUGUUGUUUCAGAUAUAUGAAGCUUUAGUGGAGGUGGUGGAGAAGAAAGGAUCAGCAAGUCAAAGAGUAAUGGUAAGUGGGUCACCUUCUUCAUAUCAUCAGGUGGUGGACAGCAGGCCUCUCACUUUACUUCAUCACCAUUCUUUGCCUCCUCUUCUGCAACAAAUGCAACCUCCAUCUCCAGUUCCUAUUUUACCCAUCCCUCUUCCACCACCACCACCUCCUCCUCCCCCACCACCACCACAAUCUCAUCACUCAGAUUCAGAUACAAGUGAGUUUUCUGACUCACCUGCAAAGAGGAGGAGGAGGAGGAGAAAUGGAGGAGAAGGAACAAGUACUGCAAGUGGAAGCGCUUCUCGUGAAGUGGGCACAGCUAUUUCCAAAAGUGCUUCCAUAAUAGCAGAAGCACUUCAGGCCUGUGAAGAGAGAGAAGAGAGAAGACACAAAGAUCUUUUAAGUCUCCAUGAGAGAAGACUGGAGAUUGAAAAAUCCAAGACUGAGAUUAACAAGGAAGGGAUUAAUGGCCUUGUUGAUGCCAUUAAUAAUCUUGCUAAUUCCAUUCUUGCUUUGGCCUCCAACAAGAACCAGCAAUCUUCUUCUUCAUCACGUGAUCCAAAAUGAUCACCAUCACCAUCAUGUUCAUCUUCAAGUAAUUAUUAAAAUCAUCUAUUUAAUCUCUUUAAGAUUAGUUUCAGUAAGAGAGGAAGAGAGAGAGCUUAAUCCCAAUUUAUUGUACAUAAAUUAUUGAUAAUCAAUCCCAUAUCCAUUUUCAUGUUGCA